UCAACGUCGUACGCGUUCAUCCAAUGAUUUUAAAUUUCUCGUGAUUUUUUCUCGUGAAACAAUCGUGACAGGAAACUUUUCCCCCGUAUUUUGACAGUUUUUUCUUCCACUUGGAAACGGACUAUCUUCAAUUUUCUCCAUUCGAAAACUUGGCUUGUGGAACGACUGAACGAAAUCUUGGGCAAGGAAGCGAAGAGGCAAAGGUGAGGAAGGCUGUGGUCUUCUAGCGAAACUUUGGGCGAAGAAAACGGGCCAAGGUUGAACUAGGCUGAGGAAUUUCCGGCUUCUAAACCGAUGAGCGGUUGUUUGAAACUACUGGUUGCUUUGCGUGCAGUUUAUCGUCGUUUGUAAUAGCAAACGCGAGGUGGAUGUCGAACUUUACUAUGGCAGUGGACAGCCUUUGUGGAGACACGAAAGUUCCAGAGCGUUCUCCCAUCGACGUGAGGAAGGAACCCAAGGCACAUCGAAAUUACCAUUCUACCGUCGACUAAUUGCAAUUUCACGGAAUUUCCGUCACCCCGGUCGGACGCGUCAUGUCGUCCUACGAGGGACGCGUUUACGAGCGGAAUCUUACUUGAAGACGCCAAUUGGCAAAGGGGAUACACGCGGCUUUAGUAGCUCGCAAAUUAAAAUGUCAACGCCCGCCACGGAUCCAUUGCCUUCCACCGUUUCCGGGGAACUGACGACCACGCUUAUACCAACGGUAACCAAAAUCGAUACGCGACUGGACGCCAAUCCUAUCUCGGUGGUUUUGGCGGUAUCGAUAGUCUGCAUUUUAUCGCCGAUCACCGUCACCGGCAACUCCAUUAUCCUGGCCGCUUUCUAUAAGUACAAGAGGCUCAGGACUGCAUCCAAUUACUUGCUGGUCUCUUUGGCAGUCAGCGACUUUGGGGUCGGAGUGUUCAUGCCCAUUGGAAUGCAGCUGGAGCUAUCCGGCCUACCGGAAAAUGGCGUCUCCACGUUGUGCAUCAUACCGUACUGCAUUGUCAUCGCUCUGUGUAGCGUGAGCGUGUUGGUGACAGUAGCAAUUGCCGUCGAUCGGUUGACAUCAUUAGCACAACCUCUCAGAUACAAGAACAUCAUUACUCAUAGCAGCAUUGAGAAAUAUAUCGCUGUGUUCUGGAUCUAUGCGAUCGCCGUUGGCCUCUCGCCAUUGAUAUACGCUGAGGUGACUGGAGAAACGGAACAGUACAGCGGCAAUUGUAGAUUCGGGGCGGCGGUGCUACCACCGGUGAGGGUGUUCCUGGUGGUCGCAGUAUGGGCACCCAGUGCUCUUGUCCUCCUCUGUUGUUACAUGUACGUGUACCUGGUAGCACGUGCACACGCACGUGCCAUUUAUACGGUCGAGUUGUCGUUCAGGCAUCAAACGCAGACCCUGCCAUUGCCACGUUACGGGCAAACAUUGGCAGUCACCGUCGGGGCAUUUCUCAUUCUUUGGCUUCCCUUUCAGACCUGCAUGCUGCUAGACAUCUUCUGCGGCACCAAUAUCCUGUCCGAAUGGACAGUGGUGUGGCUAGGUCUGCCCAUCAUGGCUCACAGCGGCGUAAACCCGUGGAUUUACGCGUUCCACCACGGUGAAAUGCGAGUGGCGGCAGGAAAAAUUACCGAGAAGCUAGUGGCGCUAUUCGGUGUGACACCCAGCCGUUACGGUUGUUCUCCAAUGAGGAGAGGUUCGAACACGAACCUGGAAUUAGCGGAGGUGAACAACAGCAACGAUGGACGGCGACAUCCGGUGGAGGAUUGUUUCGCUGCCAAACAGAACAGCGUUCUGUACGCUAGCAGAAGGUGUCUGGAUGUAUCCGCAAAACAUACGGACAUCUCUCCAGAGAGGAACAUGGAUCGCACUUCUUCAGGCAUCAAACAGACGGACAUUGUCGAGGAGGACAUACAUGAUCUGACGAAGAUGCUGGAUCUGAAGUACAUAAUCGAUCGGAACCACAUGAUCGACUCGAACCACAACAUCGACAAGAUUAAGAAUAUUAAAUAUUUGCUGGAUCCAACGUUCAAUAAGAUUCGACACCUCCGGAGGUUGAACCGUAAAAGGCUGACUAGCAAGAACUUCUCUAAACCGUCAGAGCCGAAGUUCAUCUCGUAUCAGAAUUUGAAGAGUGAUGGCGUGUUAAAGGCGACGUCGCUGAACACCUUGUCUGAUCCGGUGCUAAGCGCGGACAGCCCCAUGGUGCACGCCAAGGACUUCCACGACACCCUUAGCCCCAUGACCAGCAAGCGGAGGAACUCGAACCUGUGCUCCAUGUCGGAUUCCAACAUCAAAGCGGCGACCGGUUUGUCGUCCGAGGUGAAUCUGAGGAUACCCAGCGAGAGGGACGUUGUGGACACCCACAGGUACUCCGUACAGAACUUGGAUCACAACAGGUACGAGGGAGGGCUGGCCAAACAGGUGAUGCUGUCCAGGCAGCUGGAGAAUCACAGGAGGUUCCAGAUACACCCUCGUCCUCGACUGAAGAUCAAUAAUAAUAGUCCGGAUCUGAACUUAUGGCUUCAGAACAGUUACACGUCGCCGUCGACACCCGACAGUGCGAAGUCGAGCCUGUUGAACAGUCCCAGACAGAAAACGUCGCCUAAGCAUAUGACGAUUAUCUCGAACAAGCUUGCUAAUUUAGGCAACCCGGUCGACGCGAGGAUGGAUCCUUCGAGGAUGCUGCAGAUACGAAGGAACAUGGAGAUACUGAAACAUUCCGAGUCGAUCAAUACCAUCGAACCGAUGACUCACUCGAGACUGCUAGAGCCUUACAAGGUGAUGGAGACUCUGACGGUGCCCACGAUACACUCGGAGCCACCGAGUCCCAUAGAUCCUCUGCCUCUGGCCUCCCUCGAAGAGGAGGACAGCAGGAGCACCGAGACGUCGAAGCCCUUAGUCGAUCGAUCGAAGUCCCCGUUGGGCAACAGGAGAAGUCCGGUUCGACACUCGGACCCUGUGAUACCAUCCGUCUUGCUGAACAUCGAGGACUUCAGCGAGGAGGCCGAAAACACCAAAGAUAAAUCUAGUCAAGACAGUUCCUCGAACAAUCUGACCCCGGUGGGUCACGUGCUGGAUCCAACGUUCAAUAAGAUUCGACACCUCCGGAGGUUGAACCGUAAAAGGCUGACUAGCAAGAACUUCUCUAAACCGUCAGAGCCGAAGUUCAUCUCGUAUCAGAAUUUGAAGAGUGAUGGCGUGUUAAAGGCGACGUCGCUGAACACCUUGUCUGAUCCGGUGCUAAGCGCGGACAGCCCCAUGGUGCACGCCAAGGACUUCCACGACACCCUUAGCCCCAUGACCAGCAAGCGGAGGAACUCGAACCUGUGCUCCAUGUCGGAUUCCAACAUCAAAGCGGCGACCGGUUUGUCGUCCGAGGUGAAUCUGAGGAUACCCAGCGAGAGGGACGUUGUGGACACCCACAGGUACUCCGUACAGAACUUGGAUCACAACAGGUACGAGGGAGGGCUGGCCAAACAGGUGAUGCUGUCCAGGCAGCUGGAGAAUCACAGGAGGUUCCAGAUACACCCUCGUCCUCGACUGAAGAUCAAUAAUAAUAGUCCGGAUCUGAACUUAUGGCUUCAGAACAGUUACACGUCGCCGUCGACACCCGACAGUGCGAAGUCGAGCCUGUUGAACAGUCCCAGACAGAAAACGUCGCCUAAGCAUAUGACGAUUAUCUCGAACAAGCUUGCUAAUUUAGGCAACCCGGUCGACGCGAGGAUGGAUCCUUCGAGGAUGCUGCAGAUACGAAGGAACAUGGAGAUACUGAAACAUUCCGAGUCGAUCAAUACCAUCGAACCGAUGACUCACUCGAGACUGCUAGAGCCUUACAAGGUGAUGGAGACUCUGACGGUGCCCACGAUACACUCGGAGCCACCGAGUCCCAUAGAUCCUCUGCCUCUGGCCUCCCUCGAAGAGGAGGACAGCAGGAGCACCGAGACGUCGAAGCCCUUAGUCGAUCGAUCGAAGUCCCCGUUGGGCAACAGGAGAAGUCCGGUUCGACACUCGGACCCUGUGAUACCAUCCGUCUUGCUGAACAUCGAGGACUUCAGCGAGGAGGCCGAAAACACCAAAGAUAAAUCUAGUCAAGACAGUUCCUCGAACAAUCUGACCCCGGUGGGUCACGUGCCCAUGGAGCCCAUCGAUCUGUUCGAAGCGUUGCUGAAGAACACGGAGAGGUGUCGAGAGGGCAGACUGCCGGAGCCGAUCUUCGCCGAGCACGACUCCACGAGGUUCAGUUCCAGGAGACCGUCGGACUCGAAGUGGUCGGAGUCCUCCAGGAGUCAGGAAGUGCUGUCGAACGUGGUGACCGAACACCAGUCGUUCCCUUCGUCGUACUCUGUGAACAAUUUCCAAGUGUGCAACAGUGGCAGCGACCUGAACGACCUCACGUCCUUGGACCCCUUCAUGUGUCCCGACGCGUUGACCUCGUCCUUGAGGGAGUCCUUCUUCAGCGCCCCAUCCGUACCUGAUUCCGAGAUAUUCACGUCGUUCGAGGAGAACGACGAGUCCAUCUUCACGCCCGACUCAGAGCGCGAUAUGUCCCCGUACGACUCCAUGUCGACCAUAAACCCGAAGAAGUCGACCAUCGAGGCCGAGCUGCAGAGCAAGUCCACGGAAGCGGUCUUCAGGAACAGAUGCCUGUCGACCAGGUCCUGCACGAUCCUACGAUUGGAGCCGUCCUUACAUCGAAGUAGGUUGAGAGUCAAGACGGGUGCGGAUUAUAUUCUCAAGGACGCGUCCUUGAGGAAGAACCCACGUUUGGCUCCUCUGGCUAUACCCACGCCCACCGAUAUUUGUACACCCACGUUCGAGUUCGUCUCGGAGAUCAAAGGGGACAACGGUGUCGGGGUUCGGGUGUAGGUCUCUUCGGAAGAAGAGCUUUAGGAGGAAUUAUUAGGUCUGAAUGUUCCUUCGAUCAAUCGCCAAAGGACUGGUUCGGCGAACUCUUUUUAUGAUGUACACUCGGCAAUGUAGGCUUUCUUUGGAUGAGGAAUGGGGAAGGACGCGUUUCUGAUGAAUCUUGGAAUUUUUGAAUUCUCAGAUCUCUGAAUACUGAAAUGUAAUUUCUGUAUUUGGGAAUUGUGAAAUAAUUAGUGUUCCAAAUUUCUUGAAUUUCUGUGUUCAUAUUGU